CACACACACACACAGAGACACACACACACACACUGGCCCUACCUCUCUCAUGACACAGACACACACACACAGAGACACACACACACACACAGAGACACACACACACACACACACACACACACACACACACACACACACUGGCCCUACCUCUCUGAUGACACAGUCACACACACACACAGACACACACACACACACAUGCACAAUGCACACACACUGGCCCUACCUCUCUGAUGACACUCACACACACACACACACACACACACACACACACACACACACACACACACUGGCCCUACCUCUCUGAUGACACAAGACAGGCAGCAAGACUGGCCGACCUGCCGCUGCGUCUUUUCGCGCGCCUUCCAUCUCAUUCCCGCCCUCCUUUCAAGCCGCCAGCAGCGUCCAUCCUGUCCACGCCGCUGCGGCUUCUUCCACGGACACCCGUGGGAGGCGGCGGCUUUCUUGGCAGAGAGGCGAGCUCCGGCGUGCAUUUCCGCCGCACGUUGCGCGCACAAGACGCACGCAGGCUUGUUUUCAAGCGCACUACGACGCACAAGAAGUGUGCACAAUCGGCGGUGGGAUUACUUGGAACCCAAGUUGUUGCUGCAGGUGACCAACACCUGGAUUGCGCGCCACAUUUCUGCAGGUGUGCAGCGUUGUUUUCCCACGUAUGGACUGUGGGCGCAUCGUGCAAGAAGACCGCGUCUGCGUCUCUGCGUGGGCUCCUCAGUGGCUGCUGGACCCUACCGAACCUUACUCUGACAGGAAUGCGGAGCCGGGAUUUGUCAUAUCCACCUUCAGCUGUGACACUCAUUCCGUCCAGUCCUAGGUCAUGCUGAGACAAGUCCUCCUUAACUACACCCGCACCCCUCACCUGGACCUGCUGCUUAUGGCCGCCUCCUCCACCAGCGCCCCCGCCUCCGUCAAUGUGUCCCACGGCAGCUUGGUGAGUGUGGCCGCGCUGCUCAGACCCACCUCGGGCCGGGGAGGAGGCGGGCUCCGAGAUGGCGAGCUGCACAAACCGGACCUCCUGACCUACAUCGUCAUGUGCCUGCUGCUCUUCCUGCUGGUGCUGCUCAUCGUCUUCUUCAUCAACUGCCAGCUGAGGAACUCUUUCUUCGCCUCCAUGCCCUACGACAGGUCUCUGAGAGAAGCCCGGACCUCCUACAAGUAGGAUCGGGGCCCCGGCUUCCUGCUCAAGGGAUCCGCGGGAAAACUGUUGCCUUUCUCGUCUCUCUCGGACAUGGUCUGGACCAGGGGUGCCCAUUACGUCGAUCGCGAGCUACCAGUCGACCGCGGGGGGUGUGUCAGUCGAUCUCCAGCCAGGCUUUUAAAAAAAAUAGACCUAAAAAUGAGUGAUCAUCAAUCUUCACCAAGACGUCACUUAAAUGACAUUCACGGUACCGGAGGGUCUUGUGAGAUGACGCUGGC